AUGGGAGAAAAUGCUGAUUUCAGAAGCAUAUUUAGGACUGCAAUCUUUCUGACUAUCCGCUUGUAUUAUGCCGAUGACACAAAAACAUCGCGCAGGGAGACUGGAGAGAGAUUGGAUCCCAUAGCUAUACUAUGUGGAGCACCGGCACCGCCCUGUGUUUCUUCCUUGCAAGAAAUGGCAGCUUAUCCAAGAAUUAAUUGUUUCAAUGGAUUCCACUCACCAUCCCAUCUUUUCACAUAUUCCCCAUCUUGUCCCUACGCUUACAAGAAAGUACACCAUAAACCCCACAUCUUCCUUCCCCACUUAGUUGCGUCCAUGAAAGUGGAAGAGACUUACAUUAUGAUUAAGCCUGAUGGAGUUCAACAUGGCCUUAGAAUUUCAACGUUUGAGAAAAAGAUGAUCCCCCAGGAACGAAUUCACCGGCGAAAUAGAAUCAACUUGAAUUCAAGGCCGAGGCCCCAAUUCUUGACUAGAGAGGACACCAGUGGGAGGCUCGUACUAUGGGCUAUUAGCUCAAAGGAGCACUAUAAGGAUCUACAACCUAAGCCGUUCUUCCCCAAACUGAUUGAUUACAUUACAUCUGGUCCUCUUUUGUGUAUGGCUUGGGAAGGUGUUGGCAUUGUUGCUUCCGCUCGUAAAGUGAUUGGUGCAACCAAUUCACUUCAAGUUGAGCUGGGAACAAUCAGAGGAGAUCUUGCUAUUCAAACUCAAGGCAGGAAUGUGGUUCAUGGAAGUGACAGUGCAGAGAACAACAAGCGUGAAUUAGAUAUAUUUUAUGCAUAA